CCCGCCGCCGCCGACACCAUGUCCAACUUCACCUCCGCCGACGGCACCGCGCUCCCGUCCGGGGUGACGACCUCGACCGACCUCAGCUCGUCGCUCUCGAUCCUCCUCGUCGGCACGGUCGGCUCCUCGUUCCUCGUCCCCAUCAGCGCGGUGCUGCUCUACUUCCAGACGCCGCGCGCCCACCGGAGCGCGAGCUUCCUCAUGAUCCUCUCCUCGCUCGUGCUCGGCCUCGGCGAAGGCGGGUUGAACAUGUACAAUCAGAUCAGCGCGAUCCGCCACACCGCGGUGCCGAGCGCGGUGACCACGACGUACACGAUGGUGCACCUGUUCCUCCCGCUGCUCACCGAGUCCGUGCUCGUGUUCCGCGUGACGGCGAUACACCCGCCCAAACGCCUCUCGCGCUUCUGGCGCGCGGUUAUCUACGUGCCGCUCAUGCUAUUCAAAAUCCUACGGAUCAUCGUGCUCGUCGCAAUUGCCAUCUCGUGGGUCGAGAAUUCGAAGGGGCUGCCCGCGCCCGUCCAAGGCGGGCUCGACGCGCUCACGGCGAUCAACAAGCUGCCGUCGCAGCUGCGGUGGGCGCUGCAGGUCGCGGAUACGCUGUUCAUGUCUAUAAUGUUCUUCCCGCACUCGGGGAGUAAGGCCAAGAAACACCCGAAGCACGCGAAAGGCGGCCGCGGCGCCCUCCCCGAGUCGCACCACACACAGGACACAGUACUCGAGGAAGAAGAGGAACCUCUGCCGCUCUGGCCGCGUCUGAAGCUCCUCUUCUGGAAAGCGGUCGCGAGCUUCGUCUUCCCCGUGCUGCUCAACAUGAUCCAGUUCGUGCUCGUGCUCGUCCAGAACGGCGUCCUCCAGUUCCCCUCGCUCUUCGCCGUCAACAACCAGGCGGGCAUCAUCGGCAUGGUCUUCGCGACCGUGAUGACCCCCGCCUCCGCCGUCACCCGCCCGCCGACUCGUAAGGCUGCGACCGCGCACGCACGUGCGCCCACGCGGCCGGGGAUCAUGACCAUGCUGUCGGACGUGUCGUCCAAGUUCGACAAGGAGGACGGGUCGAUGGACUCCCCGGGCCUCCCCGAGCUGCGGUCGGACGACCGACAGGCCGCGCCUGCGAACUGGAUGACGGGAGGUCACCCGCACGCCGUGAGGGACGACGAGCCUGAGGGCGACCUCACCACCGGUUUCGGCGGCCUCCUGGACAUCACGGGGCGCGAGUCCCUCGACGGGAGCGGUGGCGACAUGGGCAACCUCGGCGGCAUGUUCGGGAGCGUCGCGGGUGCACUCGGUGGCGGCACGGACGGCGCGCUCGGCCACGUCGGACACAGCCUGGGGAACGUCGGGAGCCUGGGGAACGUCGGGCACAACCUUGGGCACGUCAGCGGCUGGCGCGACCUCGUGCACGGCAUCGGCGGGGAGGUGCGGGAGAGGGUGCACGACAUCGAGGAGGGCGUCAUCCGCGAGGAGAGGCGGGCGGUCGCCGCGGUGAAGGGCAAGGCGCGGAGCGUCGUGGACGGCGUGAAGGACAUGGUCCAUGAAGUGCACGAUGCGAAAGACCAGGCUCGCGAUGCCGUGCGGGGAGCCAAGGAUCAGGCUCGCGAGGCGGUGCGGGGGGCGAAGGACCAUGUUCGCCAGGAGGUGAAGGAUGUGGAAAAACAGGCGAAAGGCCAGGCGAGGGCUGCCGUCGACGGCUUGGAGAACCGGGCGAGGACCGCUGUGGACGAUGUCCAGAACCGGGCGAGGACCGCUGUGGACGAUGUCCAGAACCGGGCCAUGUCUACCGUCAACGAUGUGAAGCACCAGGCCAGCGCUGCCGUCGACGACGCGGAGGGCCAGGCCAGGACUGCGGCGAACGAUGCGGAGCAGCAGGCGGGAGUCGCCAUGAACGGCGUGGACAACAAGGCGCGGCAGGAGGUGCAAGGGGUUGAAGCGCGGGUAGCCGACGAAGAGAUGCGAGUGCGCGACAGGGCGAGGGAGGAGAUUGGGACGGUCGAAACCCGGGCGCGCGACGAGGAGAGGCGGAUGGAAGACAAGGCGCAGUCCGCGGUUCGUGUGGAAGAAGCGCGAGUGCGCAAUGAGAUCGAGGAGGAAGAAAAAGUGGCCGAGGUUCGGGUGGAGGAGCCCCGGAUCGGCGAAGAGAUGGACGUGAGGGAGAGGUUCGAUAUGCUGUGAGCGGUUGUCUUGGGCUGUCGGUUGUUUGUGGUUCGCUCUUUCCGAUCACGCACGGACUCUGUGGUAUUGUAUGUGCUAUAUAGCAGCUUCAUGUAUACCUACCUUUGUACUAAUACGCUGUUGUUGACAACUUGGGCAUCGAUAUUCACC